GAAGAUGGAAAACUGGCGGAUCAUGUGAUGCCCAAGAUGGCUUCUCUGUGUCAGAGGCAGCUGAGUUCGAUGCGCGAAGGGUGCUUGUGAGGCGGGCUGGUCUGCAGGGAGGCAGAAAUUGCGUGGCCAUGCAGAAAAUCAAGUCUCUGAUGACCCGACAGGGUCUUAAAAGUCCUCAGGAGAGUAUUCAUGAUUUGAGCCCCCUUGAGAACUUCAGAAUUCCAAGCAAGGAAGAACUUAGAGAGCUCCGGGAACAACCAAUUGAUCCUCAGGCCCAGCAGGAAAUAAUUAACAGCAUUGAAGAAAUCUAUUUUUCCAAUGAUUCCUUUGAUAUUGUUAAGUAUGAGUUGGAGAAGCUGCCACCUAUUCUUGGUCUUCAGGAACUGGAAGAGUAUAGAGACAAGCUAAAGCAACAGCAAGCAGCUGUAUCUAAAAAAGUUGCAGACUUGAUCCUUGAAAAGCAGCCUGCAUAUGUCAAGGAACUUGAACGAGUUACAUCAUUGCAGACAAGCCUUCAGUUAGCUGCUGUUAUUUGCACAAAUGGAAGACGGCAUCUGAAUACAGCUAAGGAGGGCUUCACUCAAGCCAGCUUGGGUCUUCUUGCAAAUCAACGGAAACGCCAGUUGCUGAUGGGACUGCUAAAAUCUCUGAGAACAAUAAAAACCCUGCAACAGACUGAUGUGCGUUUAAGUGAAAUGUUGGAGGAGGAAGAUUAUCCAGGGGCUAUACAACUAUGCCUGGAAUGCCAGAAGGCAGCUAGCACUUUCAAACACUACAGUUGCAUAAGUGAAUUGAAUUCAAAAUUGCAGGACACUUUGGAGCAAAUUGAGGAGCAGUUAGAUGUUGCACUUUCCAAAAUAUGCAAGAACUUUGACAUCAACCAUUAUACCAAGGUGCAGCAGGCGUACAGGCUACUUGGAAAAACACAGACAGCAAUGGACCAACUGCAUAUGCACUUUACUCAAGCCAUUCACAACACAGUUUUCCAAGUUGUCCUUGGAUAUGUUGAAUUGUGUGCAGGAAACACUGACACCAAAUUUCAGAAGCUUCAGUACAAGGAUCUUUGCACACACAUUACAUCAGACAGCUACAUUCCAUGCCUUGCUGAUUUGUGCAAAGCCCUAUGGGAGGUCAUGCUGAGUUAUUAUCGGACAAUGGACUGGCAUGAAAAAUACGACCAUGGGGAGCCUCCUUCCUCUUCUGAUGGAAAUAACAUAAUGGAUGCAGAGGAGACCAAUUUUGACCGCAGCUAUGUGAAAAAAAAAUUGGAGCAUGGGCUUUCACGAAUAUGGCAGGAUGUCCAACUGAAAGUGAAGACCUAUUUGCUGGGCACAGAUAUGUCUAACUUCAAAUAUGAUGACUUCAUAUUUGUACUGGAUAUUAUCAGCAGGCUGGUACAAGUUGGAGAAGAAUUUUGUGGCAGCAAGUCAGAGGUCUUGCAAGAUUCCAUUAGAAAACAAAGUGUUAAUUAUUUCAAGAAUUAUCACAGAACUCGUCUUGAAGAACUGCGAAUGUUCUUAGAGAAUGAAACUUGGGAGCUUUGUCCUGUUAAAUCAAGUUUCAGCAUAUUGCAACUUCACGAAUUUAAGUUCAUGGCACAAUCGCGUUCCCCUACUGUGUCACCAAGCAAGCAACCUGCGUCAGAAACAGAAAGCGCCGUAACUCUUUUUGAGCAGUAUCGUAAUGGAGGAAAUCCCUUUGAAAUCCAAGCCAACAACAAGGAUGAUGAGACAGAAGAUGUGCUGGCUUCUAAUGGGUAUGAGUCGGAUGAACAGGAAAAGAGCGCCUAUCAAGAGUAUGAUAGUGACAGUGAUGUUCCUGAAGAACUGAAAAGGGACUAUGUUGAUGAACAGACUGGAGAUGCCCCAGUAAAAAGCGUUUCUCGAGAAACUCUGAGAAGCAGGAAGAGAUCAGAUUAUUGCCUCAACAAGGUGAAUGCUCCCAUUUUAACCAACACUACACUUAAUGUAAUUAGGCUUGUUGGUAAAUACAUGCAGAUGAUGAACAUUUUGAAGCCCAUUGCAUUUGAUGUGAUUCACUUUAUGUCACAGCUUUUUGAUUACUACAUGUAUGCAAUCUAUACAUUUUUUGGCCGAAAUAACACAUUUGAAUCAACUGGACUCGGACUCAGCAGCAGUAGGCUUCGUACCACCCUGAACAGAAUCCAGGAAAGCUUGAUUGAUCUGGUGUGGUUUUGGAAUCACUACAUAUAUACAAAUACCCAUUGAAGAUACAUGAGGACUGGAAAUCCAGAGGAAAAUUCUAAAGAGGAUAAACAUGUUAGACUUUUGACAGCACUUGCUAACAGUGCUUGUUAUAACAUCCAUGGGUUUCAGAUUGCAGUAUAACACAUGAUGAGAGUCCAUGUCUUUGAUCAUUAAACUACUCUAGGAUGAGGAGUAGUGUAGAUGCAGCACAGGGAUAGACCAUGUUGUUUGCAAACAGUGUAUGGGUUUAGGUUUAAGUCCUGUAUCUCUCUCUCUUUCUCUUUUUGUAAGAAUUGAUGAAUGGAAUGACCACUUUCUCCCUGAGACCCUAGAAUCUUUCCUUCCUUUAGCUGGACAAAUACUUUCACUGAAAAUGAAGCAGAGUUCUUUCUUAAUAUAUAUUUGUUUUCCUUCAAGGAAAGGUUUCCUAAAAGAAAGUUUAAGGUUUUAAACUGGUAAAUGUUUCACUGAGAAUCAGGUUAAGUUUGUAUUCUUUAUAUCCUCUUCUUUUUUUAAACCAUCUAAAUGGUAAUCUCAGUAAGAUAUUUGUUUUCCAGAGUGUAUUUGCACUAAAUACGUAUUUUGUCAUUCUGCUCAUGCACAGUUUAUUUCUGAGCCCAUACAAAAAUGAAAGGAGUUAAUUGGAGUAGCUAAGAGAGAAAAGUAGACUUCCCAAGAGAGAAAAAGAUUGGGUCUGGCUUUGAGACAUGUAUAUAAAACCUUGUUGUUGUCAUUUAAUUUGCGUUUAUUAAGAUGAACUUAUACCAUUUAUGUUUACAGGAGAAAAUUGCUCAUACUAGGCAGAAAUUUGAAUAUUUUACAAAAAUCUAGAGGAAAUGUUUUAUACUAACCUUAGUAUAACCUUAUACUAACCUUAGAUUGUUUGAAGCCCUUCCAAAUGUGUUGGGUACAGACACAACUCCUAGAAAACUUCCAGAAUUCAUAGUCAAACAUCGUUUUGGCCAGUGGGGCUAGGAUUCUGGAAGUUAUUGUUCCAAACCUCUGAAGGGUGCUAAGUAGAGAAAGUUUUUCAUUAAUGUAUGUUUAUAUAAAGUAGACUAUCUCACAGAUCACCCUGUGUUUUCAGCUAUAAAUCUGCAGGGUUAUACUUCCACUGGGAAGAAAAGCCUAUGCUAUUAUAGCCAUAUCUAUAUAACUUCCCUUGAUAGUCUACAGAAUUAGCAGGCUGAGUGAAAGUCAGUGAUCUCAGUCCUGCUCCUUUUUCUGGGUGGGAAAUCUAUAUACAAAGAAGUAAAGUGAAUGAUCAUUAGGACUGCUGCAAAUUGGAGAACAUUUUUCUUUAGCAGUUCAGGAACAGUUCUUUGAUGAUAGUUAUGUAUAGGACCAUUGGAGCUUAAAGGCUGUUUGAGUCAUAGUUUACAGGGGAACAGAAGUAGUGUCAUGGUUGGUGGGUUGUUUCUUUUACCCUUGUAGAACAAGCUAUCCAUCCCUAUAGGUUCCUCAGCCGUGGCAAUAGGUAGCCUUCAACUCCCAGAAUUCCCCAGCCAGCCUGCUAUAGAUGGAUGGGUGAAUGCAAAUCAUGUGUUGCCCAGGAGACCGAUUAAGUUCUCAACUGCUUAGACUGAAUCAAGUAUUGUUGUGAAUAUAGCACAAGCUGGCUUAGAAUGUAUAACUUUUUAUUAUUUUAAAAAGAUUGUAUUAUGCGCUUUAGUUGCAAUAUUCUGCAUGAUUGCUUAGAGGUAAUCUUUGAAUUCAACCAUGCUUUCACCUGAACAACCAUAUACAAAGAAGUGCAUCUCUUUUAUGUAAUUGUAGGCAAUCUAAAAAAUCAAAGCACAUUACAAAAAUGUCUGCCAAAUUUAUUUAAAGAUUUAAUAAGUGGGCAGCUAGGGUUUGCAUGAGUUCUCAGUUUCUAAUCUGUUUGCUGUAGCAGUUUUAAUAAGCAGAAAAUAGCACCAACUACUUUUCAGACUUUUAAAGAUGAUUUGUUCAUAUCAAAGGUCUAAGACUUCAAGCAAUCUUCUUUACCCAUUCUAUUCCUUAAUUUCCGAGAAAUCUUUCUUUGGUAAUGACGUCUAGCUGUUACCUUUUUGACCAACUGCAUUUUGGAUGAUUUCCUGCUCCAUGUUGACUUUGAAUUGUUCUAUUAAGUUUAAUAAGGAUAAUUUUGCUUUAAAUAAGGCAAGUUCUUAAGUGGUUCUGUCAGAAGCAAAAAAAGUAAUCAGUUGCAUCAAACAGAAGUAAUUUCAGACCCAUUUUCAUUUAUGACUUAAGAGAUUUGGGCAUAUUGCUUUAGAAUUAAUUAAGAUAAACAUUAAGGUCAUAUGUGUGCAGGGAAAAGGUUCAGCAUUCACUUCUCAACAAUACUAAGGAUAAAAAGGACAUAAAUCUACUAGAGAACAUUUUAAAGGAGCUAUAGGAAAUUAAACCAGCUCUUGGGUAUUAGUUCUUUAGUUGUUCUUCUGGAUCUGAAAAGCUAUCUUGGUGGUUGGAUGUAUUUGAUUAGCCCUGGUCAUGUCUUAUAUGUGGGGAGGAGAAGAGAUGGUGUUGUCUACAAAUUGUUGGAAUUGGGCAUAUAUCCAAAGUUCAUGUGGAUGUGUUUUGUGUUCCCAGCUAUUCCUGGUAAGUAGAAGAUAAUGUAUAGCAGAUCUACCUAAUAUCUUGAUCAAAGAUUGUGGUACUGGGCUAGAAUGACUAAUGGUCUUACUCAGUUUAAGGAAGUACACAAUCUUACCUUCCAUAAAUUUAUCUACCUACGACUAUUAUACAACUGGGCUGUAUGAAACAUCCAGUGGGAAUCUACUGGGGCACAGAUGUUUCAUAAUUUUAAAAUUCCUUUUACAUCACCUAUAAGCAAAGCAAUAAACUGGGUUGUCACUCCUCUGCUGUGAGUUUAAGGCCAUGGUUCUCCAAGGAAUCUUUAUGAAUAUUAUGCAGUGUUUGUCUCUUGUAUAGAUUGUUUAACAUUAAAUUCACAGAGAACUUGUUCGUUCGAUAACAGAACAAGGACACAUUUUGGUUUGCAAUAUAUUUAGUAAGUGAAGUUUUAAUUAAUAUCAUCCAUCAACAUGAAGGGUAAGAGAUUAGUUUCUGUACCCAUGCUUGUAUAUUUUGAUGGCUAUACACUGGACUAUAGUCAGAUGUAGAAUAUAUCCUUUAAAAAAGCAGAUACAUUUUUUAGUUUAUCUAGAAUUUUGCAAGGUAAUGGGUAGUCUAGUUUCCAUAUUUGGCAGAAAGAUUUUGAGAAGGGGAAGAUGCAUCUUUUGACAUCUUUCUGUUGAAACCAAGAUAAUGGCCUGUUAAAUAAUUUGAAUUAUUGUUAGAGAGAUGGAGGGCCAAAUUAUAUAUUAAUUUCAUUGUGUUACUUGCCCAUGAGGACAGAUUUUUCUCUCCACAAAUAGCAAUAUUGUGGUUUGGCUUAAUUUUUCAAUAUAGAAAAAUAGGUUAAUAAUCUUUAUCUCUGGUAAGCCUGGUAAGUUGCUUGGGCAGGCUUUGCUAGAUUAAUGAGUGGGGUGGGAUGGGG